AUGUUGAAGUUUGCCGUGAAGCGCAAACCAGUGGAAUUGUUUCACGAAGCGGUCCACAGCAAGGACGUGUUGCGGGUGACAUUUCUGCUCGAGCAGAACGAAUCGCAAUUCCACGUUGACGACAUCGACGAGGACGGCAUUACCGCGCUGCAACGGAGCUGCUUUACAGGGCCUCUAAAGCUUGUGCAGUUGCUGGUAACGUAUGGCGCAGACAUAAACAUUCAGGAUAAGGAGGGCUGGAGCGUCAUGCACGCCGCUACUGUUGCCCAAAAUCACUCGAUUAUGCGUUAUCUCAUUGCAAUGGGAACCCAACUGGGCUUAGAAAACGAUCAAGGAGAACAAGCCAUCGAUCUGGCGCGCGAUCUACAAUCGGUUGUAAUACUCGCCGAAGCUAUGCGGCGCGCUGGAUUAGCCAAGGACGUGGAGGAGUUUUUAAAAAUUCGGCCAGACGUACGGGAAGCUUUGGAGGAAAAGCUUCUACAAAGCGAUGCUAUGAGAAUGGAACAAGAACGUAAGAGGGCAGCGAGCGAAAUUGUACCUUCGAAAAAGCCGUUGAGUGCUGAAACGCAAAUAAGGCGCAGUUCCUUAGACGUACUCGGUGAGUCAAGACCUCCAACCGCCAACGUCAGAUAUGAUGAUAAAGAUCUGGGGAGGUUAAUGGAUAUCCGACGACCUAUGAGUGUUGUAUUACCCACUAGUAAUAUUCUCGAACUCUCCAGAAAUCAGGUUGAUUUGGACGGAGGAAGUUAUCCUUGUUCAUUUUGUCCGAAAUGCGGGAAACGUCGACAAGAAAUCGCGAAAAGGCGUUCGACAGCAUCCCUGUGUUCAAACUCGUCCGAUUCCUCUACUUCUUCCGACUCGGCCUACAGCUCGGGAUCAACAAAUUCUGCGGGUAUUUCGGAGGGAUAUGAGCGCGGAGGGAAUGUUGGAACACUGACCACAGCAGCCAAGCAAAACAACAACUCGAGUGGGGACAACAACGCUCAUGAUCGAAUACGUGUAACUUCGAGAAACAUUUACCGGGAUGUCGUAAAAUAUCAUACAACCCACGAUUUGAAACAGGAUGAACGCAUUUAUACACCUAGGCAAUAUUCACCGCCAGAAAUUUCAAAACAAAAUAGUUCGGGUAAAAAUCAUCAACAACGAUUACGUGCUUCUACCGUUGGCAUUUUCCCAGUUCCCGGGAAAUUUCCCAAUCCCGCAGAGCGAGUGAUGCAGACGGAAGGCUAUCAAUUUCCAUCGCGAAGAAAUUCAUCGCCCAUUUCAAGGAAAAUCGACGAAAUUACUAACAUAAACGAACUGAAUAGCAGGGGCAUCUCGCUUCUUCACGAAGCAGCGGCGAGAGGCGAUUCGGAAGGAGUGAAACUGUUACUUCUCCACGGCGCUGAGGUAAACAGGCAAUCGUUAAAUGGGAGCAGUCCACUUCAUGAGGCUGUGCGCCAAGGAAAUCCGGUCACAGCAUCGAUAUUGAUAGAGCAUGGCGCAGAUUUAUUUACAGAGACUGACAAUGGUUUGCUACCGAUUGAUAUGGCUCGAAAUAUUGAAAUGAAACGUUUCAUUGAAAACGCCAUGACUUUGAAGUAA